GGAAAGGAGUAUAGGCGACAGUCGUUAUCUGAAUUUUAGGUAAGGAUUCCUCGUCAGCCCACCAACCCACUCACACUUGACAACACCACCACCACCACCACCACCACUCACAGAUCCAACAACUCCAUCCUUCCAACAAACCCAAAAUAUGGCCAUGGCUCUUGCCCUUCGACGACUCUCUUCUUCACACCGUCUCUCCAAUCGAUCUUCCCUCAAAUACUUGUCUUCGUUGCCGAAUCCAGUUGCACGUGACAUCGAAGAUUCACGUGUCAAGUGGACAAAGCAAUUGAAUGCUCCAUUGGAAGAAAUUGAUCCCGAAAUUGCGGAUAUCAUUGAACUCGAAAAAGCUAGGCAAUGGAAGGGAUUCGAGCUUAUACCUUCAGAGAAUUUCACUUCGCUGUCGGUGAUGCAAGCUGUUGGCUCAGUGAUGACCAACAAAUAUAGUGAAGGUUAUCCUGGUGCUAGAUAUUAUGGAGGAAAUGAGUACAUUGAUAUGGCCGAGAGAUUGUGUCAGAAGCGUGCUUUGGAGGCUUUUAAUUUGGAUCCUUCAAAAUGGGGAGUCAAUGUGCAGUCACUAUCUGGAUCGCCUGCUAACUUUCAAGUUUAUACUGCACUGCUGAAACCUCAUGAGAGAAUCAUGGCUCUAGAUCUACCUCAUGGUGGACAUCUUUCACAUGGUUAUCAGACCGAUACAAAGAAGAUUUCUGCUGUGUCCAUAUUUUUUGAGACAAUGCCAUACAGAUUAGAUGAAAGCACAGGCUAUAUCGACUAUGAGCAAAUGGAGAAAAGUGCUGUUCUCUUUAGGCCAAAACUAAUUGUAGCAGGUGCAAGUGCCUAUGCUCGAGUAUAUGAUUAUGCUCGUAUGCGCAAGGUUUGUGACAAACAAAAAGCUAUUUUAUUAGCCGACAUGGCACAUAUCAGCGGGUUGGUUGCUGCUGGUGUUGUACCGUCUCCUUUUGAAUAUGCAGAUGUUGUGACUACCACGACACAUAAGUCACUACGUGGUCCACGUGGAGCAAUGAUUUUUUUCAGGAAGGGGCUAAAAGAGAUCAACAAAAAAGGAGAAGAAGUUAUGUAUGACUUUGAAGACAAAAUCAAUCAAGCUGUGUUCCCAGGGCUUCAAGGGGGUCCACACAAUCAUACCAUUGCUGGUUUAGCCGUUGCAUUGAAACAGGCUACAACUCCAGAAUAUAAAGCAUAUCAAGAACAAGUUCUUGCCAAUUGCAAAAGAUUUUCACAGAGCUUGAUAGAGAGGGGAUACUCUCUUGUAUCCGGUGGAACCGAUAACCAUUUGGUUUUGGUAAAUUUAAGAGACAAGGGUAUUGAUGGGUCAAGAGUUGAAAAGGUUAUGGAGUUGGCUCAUAUUGCUGCCAACAAAAACACUGUUCCCGGUGAUGUGUCUGCCAUGGUACCUGGUGGUAUACGUAUGGGAACUCCUGCUCUAACAUCUAGGGGAUUUCUUGAGGAAGAUUUUGUCAAAGUUGCCGAGUUAUUUGAUGCCUCAGUCAAGUUGGCCUUGAAAAUUAAGGCUGCUUCUUCAGGAACCAAGCUGAAGGAUUUCGUUGCAACUAUGAAUGGAGAUGAGAAAUUUCAAUCUGAAAUUAAAAAGAUCCGGGGUGAGGUUGAGGAGUAUGCUAAACAGUUCCCUACAAUUGGGUUUGAGAAGGAAACAAUGAAGUACAAAAACUGAAAAAGAUAAGUAUGCCACACAGAAGCCUAAACAUACUAUAAACAAUCAGGUGUCCCACGCUAGUAGCUGAAUAAAUUCUAAUGGGGUUGGUAAAAGUUUCUUUGAACUUAAUAGAGAAGCUAAGGUUCGUGGUCUAAAGUUGUGUGUUGAAGCUUGGGAGAUGCUAAGAUUCAUUCGGAAGAUUUGGCGGUCAUAUAUAGUUCCAUAUCUGUUCCAGUUUUUUGCUGAUUGUAAGUUUGUGUAACAUGGAUAUUGAUUUUUGUUCUUUCCAUCUGAUAAGCAAUGUAAUUCGUUGUAUUGGGCCAUUGGCGCA